AAAGCAUUUUCCAAGAGUUUCUGCACGUAAAAACCUCAUUUUCAUUUCUAAUUCCAAUUUCGAUUCCGAUCCCAUCUGAACUUCCUUUGAAGUCCAUUAAACUCUCUGCUACCGUCAUAGAUCUUGCAUCCGACCAAGUCUUCGACCAGCCGCUGGCAGGCCAGCAGGGCCGUGAGCACGGUGGGAACGGGCUUCCCAAAAAGCCAACCCUGAUUUCAUUCCCGUUUCGAUUCCAAGAGUUUCUCCACAAGUUAUUUCCGAUUCUAAUUCCAAUUUCUCUGAAGUUCCAAUUGAAGUUUUUUUGAUUGGGUGCAUUCAGUCCAGGCUUGGUGUUGCUCACAACCAAGGCUCUGGUAAUUUUUACUCGACUCCGGUGACAGUGUUGACAUUUUCCAGCAACCUCUGCAACUCUGAUCUCCCUCUCUUUUUCGGUAAUCAUUCUGAGAACUUAGAAUUGCAUUACUUAGAGGGUUUUUGCAAAGGUACAUUAUCUUCUUUUGAUCAAUUUUUUGUGCAAAAUGAAUCCUCCCCCCCAAAAGGCUUCUGAAUUGCAUGUUGAUUCAGAAAGAGCAUGAUGAGAUGGAAGCCUUAGUACAAGAUGCUCUUGGAAUUCAUGACUUUCCUAUAGACAACCAACAAGAUGAUGAUGGAGUACAUGCAUCACAUCUUGAUGAAUUAUUGAAUGAAGCAUUCCUUGAAAUCAAAAUUCCAGCUUCUGCUUAUGCAAUAAAAAGGCUCCAAAGACUUUCUAUGUCAUCUAAAACUUCUAUUGACAUGAGAUGGCAUGAUGAAGGUUGUACUACAGAUGGAAAACUUAGACACCCUGCUAAUGGUGAAGCUUGGAAAGAAUUUGAUCAACGAUACCCUGAUUUUGCCUUAGAUUCCCGCAACAUUAGUCUUGGUUUAGCUAGUGAUGGUUUGAAUCCAUUUCAGCGAAUGAGCAAUGUCUACGGUAUAUGGCCAGUAAUUUUAAUCAUAUACAAUCUGCCAACUUGGUCUUGUAUGAAACAAUCCUCAUUCAUUUUGUCAAUGAUUAUUUCUGGGCCAAAAAGCCCAAGGAAUGACAUUGACAUCUAUCUGUAGCCUUAAAUAUGAUGUAUGUAUAUGCCAAUAUGUAAUGCAAGAGUUGAAGAGUUUCUUAAGUUAUUUUUGAAUCCUCUCCGUCCAUCACUUCCCUGCAACUGCUUACAAGUUUCCUUAGUUACAUUUUCUUGACCACAUUUGUCAAGUACAUGUGGAAAUUGACAUGCAAUAAAUAUGAUGUAUGUAA